CCGACCCGAAAUGCAUUCCACUUAGAAUAACCUUAAAUGACAAUUAUAUCCCCAUAGCACUCGACCUGUUUGAACAGAGAACAGAGGACCGGACCGGAUCGGAUCAUUCAUCAGCGUCUUCGUCUUCUUUCGCUGUCAUCCGUCUUCGAAUUACGAAAUCAUGAUACAUUUCGUGCUUCUUGUAAGCCGCCAAGGAAAAGUUAGGCUCACCAAAUGGUACUCGCCUUACACUCAGAAGGAAAGAUCUAAGGUUAUACGUGAGCUCAGUGGAGUGAUUCUGAAUCGAGGUCCCAAGCUCUGCAAUUUUGUUGAGUGGAGAGGCUACAAAGUCGUCUACAAAAGAUACGCCAGCCUCUACUUCUGUAUGUGUAUUGAUGCGGAGGAUAACGAGCUGGAGGUCCUCGAGAUCAUUCACCACUACGUUGAGAUUCUCGACCGCUAUUUCGGAAGUGUGUGUGAACUCGAUUUGAUUUUUAACUUCCACAAGGCGUAUUACAUAUUGGAUGAACUUUUGAUUGCCGGCGAGCUCCAGGAGUCAAGUAAGAAGACUGUAGCCAGGAUUAUAUCUGCUCAGGAUCAAAUGGUGGAAGCGGCAAAAGAGGAAGCUGGUUCCAUAAGCAAUAUCAUCGCUCAGGCUACUAAAUAGUUUCUUUCACUCUUCUACUUGCGUCUUCCAUACAUGUUUCCUGGCUGCUAAGUUAAAUGUUUUUGACAAUCUUUUAUCUCCUAAUGACUGAAGAAGUGUGGAUGAUGCUAUAAGUUUUUUUUAAUUUUAUUUUAUAAAUUUAACAAAAAAAAAGAGUUUGUUUAUAAGAUACGUAGUAUUUUAUUUUGGGCCUCGUAA